AUGGCGGACACGCCCUGGGGUUCGCUCUGUUUGGAGCGCGCGGCGGGCGCUUGGCGCGUCCGACAGAGCGUAAGUCCCAGCCAGCGUGGCGCGUGGGAUUUCAGGGGAGCCCGAAGGCGCUUCCACUCCUCCAGCGAGGGAUGCGAUUUCCCGCUGUUUCGCCUCGUUCGGCUGCCGAAGCGCCGCGUAAUCUGCAUCAAGGGUGCGGAUGCUGCUCGUUUCCUUCAGGGUCUCAUCACGCAAGAUGUUCGUUUUCUGCAGUCUCCCCGAGCGCUGCCGCCUUCCGCGUUUUCGCGUCUGUUUUCCAAGACUUCGUCCUCUCACGAUCUUUCUUCUCCCGAUGCAUCUCUCGCGUCUCCGUAUUCGGCGCCUCUCGCGACUGUGCCGGACUUGAGCCACAUCUCGCACUUCUUCUCUCCUCGCGCCGCCCUUCAGUCUCCCGCCCAGUCUCUUCCAUCCUCCUCUUCUGCGUCCCCUCUCUCCUCUGGUUUUCCUCCCUCUGCAUCGUCUUCUCUCUCUGCAUCUUCCUCUCUGUCUGCUGAGCCUAGCGCGUGGAUCCCAGGGCUGGUGGGCGCGCGGGCGGCGCCGUUCGCGCUGCUGAGUACGCAGGGCCGCGUGCUGUUGGACGGCUUUGCCGUGAGGCUUCCCCCGGGCGCGCUCGCCGCCAGCGCCGCGCGGAACUCUUCAACUGACCGAGAGAGAGACGACGCAGAGGCCUUUCUUCUCGACGUCGAUGCAGCUGUGGGAGAGCGACUCGUUGCGUUUCUUCAGCGGCGUCGCCUCUCUUCUCGCGUGGAGGUCGAGGCGGAGGGUCGCCUCCAGGCCGUGUUCCAGCUCCUGCCGCCGGCAUGUCUGGCGCUCUCUCCUCUGCGGCCUUUCCCGCUGUCUGCGCUCGCCGACCGCGCACAUGCAGCGGCGUCUGCGCGGACGGAGGGAGCCCGCAACGGCCGCGAGACCUUCGAGAGCGGCCUGAGUUUUACUGCGGCCUGGGAAGACUACUACGCGCCGGGCUUAGGAGAAGACGCGUGUGGGCGCGAGGGCUGGGGGCCGUCGCGCGCCUCGGAGCCGCGCGCGGCGCAUGCACAGCAGGUCCGCGAGCGCAGCGAACACCUUCUCUUCGUGUGGGAACUUGCGAAAAGACUUGAAGAACGGCUGUGCUCUGGCGCGACGUACGGACUCCUUCACCUGCCUGGACGCGGGCCUGAUGGGUGGCUCCUUACGGAGGCGCGGCGAGCCGCAGGGCGCGAGCGGGAAGCCAAGGAAGUCGAGGACAGAGCGCCUCGCGGGAGGCCGGAAGACGCCGUCGGAGCAAAAGACGCAAGGAGGGCAGGAACGCCGGGGGUCGCGGAUGCAGAGGCAGCGAGGGACGCAAAUCGCGGCGCACUCGUCGUCGCCGACGGCAGGUCCUCGCGGAUGGGGUUUCGGGUGUAUGUACAGCCGAGCGGAGACACCCCGCUAGGCGCGAACACGUCCACAGGCUCGGCGGAGCCGACAGUCUUUGUGAGACAUUUCCGGGCGGAUGCAAAUUCUCCAGAGGACGCAGUCAAAGGUUUGCCUCGAGAGGACGCUGCGUCUCCUGUUUCCUCUCCUGAUGCGCGUGCGCCGUCGCCUUAUGUGUCUCUCCGGUCAGCGGCUUUUCCCUCGCUUCUGCUGUCUUUUCCGUGGAUUUCUUCGCCUGCGUUGUACGCGAUCCGCCGUCGCGCCCUUGGCAUUCCAGAGGGCCCCGGAGAAGUCGGCAUUCAGAAGCACUUGCUGUCGCACCUGAACCUGGACUGGCAGGUGUACAUACACCCCCGGGUGAACAAGGGCUGCUUCAUUGGACAGGAGGUCGUGACACGCGCGCUUCUGCAGCUCACGAAUCGCCGGCGUCUCGCGACUUUUGUCGUCCUGGGUCGCAGCGAGGAGGCCUUCUUUCCUCCUGUUUGCCAAAAAGAUGCGUCUUCGUCCCUCGGAUCUUCUCCCUUCCCCAGGGAGGCGCUUGCUCCAGCAGCCGUCGCAGGCGACGUGGCCUCAGCGUCCCCUCCGCUGUCUGGCGCGGCAACUGAGUCUUUUCAGCUCCCUGUUUCCCCCGACGCAGUGUCAUUUUCGCCUUCCGCAUUCUCGGCAGAUGCAGCUGCGUCAUCUUCGCCGUCGCUUUCGGCCGGGGCUGGGGUCCUGCGUCAGCUGCAUCCUGCUGCUAGCCGCUGCCAGCACGGAACUCCGUCCUUCACGCAUCUUUAUCCUCCGUGGUGCGAGCACUUGAGGCCGUCUCGGCACUUCCCCUUGUCGUCAGCCGCCUCCUCCGCUUCUUGUCUCUGCCCAGUUUCCCGCUCGGCGUCGCCGUCUCCCGGGGCGCCUCUCGGCCGCGGAGACGCAGCGGCCCAGAGUGCGCAGCGCCGAGAGAGAAGAGCUAGCCAGGGCGAGUCCUGGUGGCAGGCCGCGGAGCCGCGGCUGGCGGAGGAAGGCGGCGCCGAGCGGGAAGUCUUCCAGGGCUUUCUCCGGGGGCCGCUGCCGCCGGAGCAGCUCGUGUGCUGGACGAAGGCACUCUGUCUGGUCGAGCAGGAGGCAGAAAGGAGACUGGCGAGCGCGGAGGGGGCGGAGGCGCAGCAGGCGGGAAGCAAGGAGGCCGCCGCGCCGAGACUGGGCGACGACGGCGCGAAGAAGCCGAGGAAGAUCUACGUGUAUGCCCCGGAAGACACGGCGGCGCAGCAGGGCAGCGCGCGCGCAGGGACUGAGACGGCGCUCAAGUGGAGAGAAAUCGCGGAAGUCGUGGCGGAGCCGGAGCGAGGAGGCGAAGGCGAGAGCGGCGCGGCCUCUCUGGGCGUCGGCCUGUGCAUCGUGCGCACGCGUGCCAGCGAACCGCCUCUGAAGAGCUUCGGGGAUUAUCUCUCGUAUUUCGGGCGAAUUUUGGCGUCGCCGUGGCCCGCGGCCAUCUCGCACAAGCCGCCGUCCUCUCGGCCGCCUCCCCUCCCGCUGCUGUGCGCCGCGGCUCCAUCUUCUUCCGCAGCGGCUGCGCGUUGCCCCUUUGAGUCAGAGAGAGGCGUCGCCGCGCCUGUGGAGGUUGGGCGUGUCGCGCCGAGCUUGCGUCAGUCCGUGCAAGCGGAGAAGGAAAAAGACGUCGAGUGGUGUCUCGUGGGGCCGGCGCUCUACGCGCUAGACGGCUGGGAAGAGAGUCAGGGCGUGGCUGGGACUGCCGCGAGCAGCGCAGACAUCAGCGCUUGA